UGGCAAGGGGGUACCUGGAAGUAGGUGACGUCAAAGGGGGAGGAGUUCGAGGAGAUAGGCUACUAGAGGGGGUGCCGGAAUCCUCACUUCUUGAGCCGGGGUUCGACCUAGCAUCUUCUCUUUAGUUUCUGCUCCUCAUCAACUAGUAACUCAUCAUGGGUGACGAAGACAAGAAAGAGAAGAAGAAGAAGUCGAAGAAGAAGGAGGCAGAUGAGGGUGAUGCAGCCCCAGCUCCAGCCCCUGCAAAGCCAUCUUCUUCCAAGAGGAGGGCGCAGCGAUCAGGCAGUAAUGUCUUCGCUAUGUUCACACCUCACCAAGUACAAGAAUUCAAAGAAGCUUUCCAACUCAUUGACCAAGAUAAGGAUGGCUUCGUAUCCAAAAAUGACAUCAGAGCUACAUUCGAUUCCCUCGGUCGUCUAUGCACAGAAGCCGAGCUUGACUCCAUGAUUGCUGAAGCUCCCGGACCCAUCAACUUCACCAUGUUCCUUACCAUCUUCGGUGACAGGAUAGCUGGAACUGAUGAGGAAGAAGUAAUUGUCAACGCCUUCAACAUGUACGAUGAAGGAGAUGGCAAAUGCAAAGAAGAAACGCUAAGGCGUGCCCUAACAACUUGGGGAGAAAAGUUCUCUGAGAAAGAGGCCGACGAGGCUCUUGCUGAAGCACCUGUUGACAACAACGGAAACAUUGACAUCAAGAAAUUCGCCAACAUCCUUACCAAGGGAGCAGAAGAAGAAGAAGGCGGUUAAAUCUCUUUUUCUAUCUACUUCUUCAGAUCGAAGAUUUCAAGGAGAAAUAUUUACAGCUUAGAAGAUUUUUAUUUUGUCUGCACGCAAUCUCCACUUCCAUCUCGUGCACUGCCAACAUUUGGUUUAACGACAUUUUUCUUUGAAAAUGUUCCAAACAAAAGGACAUUAUUCUUCGCUAAAAGGACUGCUUGUGAAUCAUUCGCCUUGAAUUCUUCUUUGUACCAAAUUAAUAUAUUUACAAAUCUUAAUUUGAAUAAAAUAUAAUUAAUCGUUCUUUUUAUUAAAA